AUGGAUCAUUUGAAAAACAUAUCGCCCAUCGAUGGAAGAUAUAAAAAAUCGUGCAGCGAAAUUUCUGCAUUUUUUUCUGAAUAUGCUUUAAUAAAAUAUCGAAUUAUUGUAGAAGUACGAUGGCUGCUGUUUCUUAAUGAAAAGGAAUUUUUUUUCCAAAAGGUAAGUGAUAAAUCAGUUGAGAAGCUGAAACAAAUUGGUGAAAAUAUAACGGAUAAAGACAUAGAACGGGUUAAAAUAAUAGAGGAAGAAACAAAUCAUGAUGUGAAGGCCGUGGAAUAUUUCAUAAAAGAAAAGAUUAAAGAAUGUGAAAAUAAAGAAUUGAUGGAUAUAAGCGAAUAUGUACACUACCUAUGUACAAGUGAAGACAUAAACAAUAUAGCGUAUGGUGUAUGUAUAAAAUUGUGCAUAAAUGAUAUAAUACUUCCAUAUAUAGUAGAAAUACUGGAUAAGUUAAAAGAGCUAGCCAUGGAAUAUGCAGAUAUUCCAUUAUUAUCCAGAACCCAUGGACAGCCUGCAUCUGCCACCACAUUUGGAAAAGAAAUAGCAAAUUUUUACUGCAGAAUAUAUCGCCAUUUGAGUAUUAUAAAACAAGUGAAAAUAUGUGCAAAAUUUAAUGGAGCUGUAGGGAAUUUUAAUGCUCACAAAAUUGCAAACAAAGAUGUAGACUGGAUAAGUAGUAUAAAAUAUUUUAUUGAAAAUUAUUUUGAUUUAAAGUAUGGUUUAUAUUGUACUCAAAUACAAGAUCAUGAUUAUAUAUGUGAAUUGUGUGAUAGUUUAGCACGGACGAAUAGUACGCUCAUUGACAUGUGUGUGGAUAUGUGGCUUUACAUUUCAAAUAAUUUAUUGAAAUUAAAAGUAAAGAAAAAAGAAAUUGGUAGUAGCACAAUGCCACACAAAGUCAAUCCAAUUGAUUUUGAAAAUGCAGAAGGAAAUUUACAUAUAGCUAAUUCUUUCUUUAAAUUGUUCAGUUCAAAAUUACCAAUAAGUAGAUUACAGAGAGAUCUAUCAGAUUCCACUGUUUUACGUAAUAUUGGUAGUUCCUUUUCUUACACUCUCAUUGCAUAUAAAUCAAUCAUAAAGGGAUUGCAAAAAAUAGAUAUCGAUAAGAGAAAUAUGGAUCAAGAACUGAACCAUAAUUGGUCUACAUUAGCAGAACCAAUUCAAAUUAUAAUGAAAAAACACAAUUAUGCAGAUGCAUAUGAGGAAUUGAAAAAUUUCACUCGAGGAAAAAUUAUUAACAAAGAAAUUAUGCAAGAAUUUAUUAAAACCAAGGGGAAUUUAUUACCCCAAGUUGCCAUUAAUCAGUUAUUAGACUUGACACCUCAUGAGUAUACUGGCUAUGCUAGCUAUCUUGCCAAGAAUGUACAGCACCUUGCAAAGGAAUUCGAUUCGGACAGAGAAUGA